AUUCUCUUGUGUCGACUGUUGUGAACACCAUCAGCCUCCAAUCCACGAGCUGAUACUUUUAAACAAAGGCUGUGUUCUGCUUGGGAGCCGCAAUCCACUACAAUAACCUGACCUUCACAUUGUGUCACCCCACGUAUGUGGGUUUGGGAGCGCUACGAACGUGCCAAUAGAUUGGCUCCCCCUCAGAGGUUCGAGGUUCUCACAGGCAGUUCUCAUUCCCGCGGAUAGACACGGAGCGCGGGCCGUGCACAGGAUCGUUGAUGGCUAAAGUUAGAGCUAUGUCUCUUAAGUACCUUGAAUCUUGAGGCCAUGAGCUGUCGCGAGGCGAGCAAUAAACGACGAACGCCUCAAAGCUGAUCGACCUUCUAAGAUGUCGUCAACCUGCACCAUACCAUCUGACAUUCAAGAUAUCCUAGGUCCUUACGUAUUUGGGUAUCAGUUCAACUGGGCCCUGUACGGCAUAUUGAUCGUUCAAGUCUACAUAUACCACGUCUCUUCGCUUCCAGAUAGAUGGCCGAUUCAGGCCAUUGUAUAUGGCACACUCAUUAUCGAAACCGUGCAAAUCGCAUUCGCAACACAUGACUCAUAUUAUCAAUUUGCUGUCUCUUGGGGCCAGGUUGCGGAGCUCAACGUCUUACAUUAUACUUGGUUGACGUUGCCCGUUCUGAUUGGUAUCAUCAGCAUGAUUACACAAAUAUUCUAUGCGUGGCGAAUACAUAUAUUGAGCAAAAGAUAUGUUGUGUCUGCUAUAGUUACUGUGCUCGCGCUUCUUCAGGGCGCCUCGGCCCUAGCUACGGGUGCACGAGCCUAUAUCUUAGAUGAAGAUCAUCGGACAGACGUCUCCUCAAAUCUCCUCUCUUCCGAUAUCGUUUGGCUUUCAAGCACCGCAGCAUGCGAUGUCCUGAUCUUCCUCUGCAUGGUUUACUACCUUUCCAAGAUGCGUACGGGCAUCAAAAGCACGGAGAAGAUCAUCAAUCGUCUUAUCACGCUUGUCAUAGAAACAGGCCUUGUCACCACCAUCGCUGCGAUCAUUGACCUCGGCUUCUUCAUUGGGCUCCCGGACACCCCAUGGUUUGUCGUGCUUUCGCUCAUGCUCUCGAAACUGUACAGCAACUCGCUUCUCGUCAUCCUCAACAACCGAUCCUCAGUCGCGCGCUUUCAGUCCCGUGGGGAUGCUGAUAGCGAUGAAGUAUACUCCAAGCAACAGCGCAACCGCCACGGUACUGAGAGUUUCCGCGUUUACGCACCGCCGGAUAGCAUCGUACGCACGGAAAGGUUCGCUACUGUUGAUUCUGCGAUGGCCGAAGUAGCGUUGGAUACCACGAUGCGAAAGAGUGGUGACGAAGGGGUUCUAAACCCGGUCAAUCUUCAAUUUUCGAGGAAUCCGGAUUCAGAAGUUGGGCAGCGCUCGGAGCUUUCAUUGCCUUAAGACAAGCCUGCACAACUUUAUUGGAAGAUCACAGGCUGUUCUCAUCUAUCGUCAGACUGUGAGCGCCCGAUCUGUGACUUUGGGGCACCUUGUAUGAUAUGUUCUUGCUUCUUAUUAUGUAUUGAAUGCGUGAUUUGUGUCUAGUGUGAGGAUAGAG